AUGGAUUCCAACGCAAACUGGAAGACGCUUCGCUCUUUGCAAGAGCUUAGUGACAUCAAAUAUAGCCUGAGAGUCAUCGCAUUCGACUGCGAGUUCGUGAGGACCACCGACGCGGCUACCGAGGUAGGCCUAGCAUGCGCAGGGAAAGCGUUUGACUCGGUCAAGGGUUAUUGUAAUGAUGCACCGGAGCUGGACGACUUUGCCAGUCGGUUUCACGUCAACGAAUCGUCCAUCGAGAUCAAGGAGAGUUAUCUAGAGCAGAUACGGGAGAUCGUGCAGCGCAAGCACAGUCGGCAAAGGGAGCGCUUCUUAUUCGGCAAGGAGCAAUACGCGCCCCUGGAUAAGAUCGAAAGUCGAAUGUGCGAGCUGAAGCUCCUCGGCUACGGAGAGAAAGACCAUGGAAAGUAUCACUCGCACUAUCACAACGCUGGGAACGACGCCGUCAAGCACUUGGCGCUUCUGCACGGGCUCCUCCAGGCCGGGAACAUCGAGAGGAUCAAGUUAAUGGCAACAAUACAUGAAAGUACGGACAUCAGGGGUAAACGCAAACCGACCCAGACUCUCAACAUUUUCAUUGCGGAGGCAGCGGAUGGAGUUUCACAGCCCAGCAUCCUGAAUUCAGCGCUGCAUUUCGCGGCCUAUAUCACCAAGUUCUCACGUCCAGGGGUGGUGGCAACUCCGAUCAGCGCCCUCUACGUCCGCACCGCCGCCGUCACCAGUCAUCACAGUAUGUCGACUGCAGGCGAUAUGCCACGGCAGCCACCGUCCCCAUCUGCCCUGGCUGUUGAGGCCCGCACCACAGUUCGGCUCUCGAAUGUUGAUUUCUUCUUUGUCAAUCCAAUACAGCCCGUGGGGACAUACAUUUCCCACCGAAACCCAGCACAGCACGCGGACUCCAAGUCCACUCCAGCCUUCAAUGUUGUUGUGGAUUUACCUAUCGCAGAUGAUAAUCCGCUGGCUGACUGGGAAGAAUCAUCCCCUGCCAUGCACCAGAUCUCGCCCGAGUCAGUCAUAAGUGUGAGCGACGAGCUAGUCGGCCGGUGCACGGAAAUAUGGUGCGAUAUUGUGAGGGACACGCCCCUGGAAGCAUCAGGUGGGAGCCCAGACGCUGGGAACAAUCAUGACCCCUACCAGGUCAAUACGCAGUUGCGCUCGUCGAAGAUGAGCGAAAAGUAG